GGUCCGUCAAUACAUCAGGUAAAGGAUCGUUUAUUAUAUUUUGGGUCAUAGCGUACGAUCCUUAAAGUUAUAUUCUAUGUAACUUAUCCUGGAUGUCUUUUCCCUUAAUCUACAGGAAUGUAAGACCAUUGCUGGCCUCCCUCAGCCAGCCAUCUCUGUUCACGACGUCAUGCGGAGAAAAGAUAGAAAAGAUACACAAGUGCCUCAAGUCGUUUGUCAAGAGCACUGGUUGCUUAAGCGAGAAAAAGGCAGCAAAAAUGAGCCCAACAAUAGUUAGAAAGCUCAUCGUAUCGAACACAAGGGACUUGGGAUCCCCGACAAAAAGACGCAUUGCAACGGCGAUGGCACACAAACUGUCCACUGCAGAAUUGUACUAUGCAAUUUUGGACAAACAAACUGCAUCUGCCGAGAGGGACGAGGAGUCUGAGGACUAGAGUGUGAUAUCCACCUCUACGUCCUCAAGCAUGAGAAGAGUAUGGUCAAGAAUGUACCACGACAUCAUCGUCACCAACUGCGGCCGUUCCGGAGACGCCGCGAUUCGUAAAGAUGAGAUUAUUGAUUUAUUGCGAAGCACCUUCACCGGAAAUCAAGUCAUCCGGAGGCAAGGCAUAAAGAGAUGCUAUGAGAAAGUUCGCAAUCUAAGAAAGACGCAUGAAGCCUCAAAGAAGUGACUACGAACAUUCUCUACUGUUUGAUUUUGUUUGUUUACAUUGUUGACAUUUCACUUGACAUUUCAUUAUAAAUGGUUUGCAUUGAGGUAACAGCGAUGAGGGACGAUCCCUCAUCGGCAAAUAUGAAGCAAAUUAAAUGGUUUACAUUUUUAUUUGUGAUUUUUCUUUAUUAA